AUGGAGAAAAGGAACAAUGUGACAGAGUUUGUUCUACUAGGACUUACAGAAAACCCCAAGAUGCAGAAAAUUAUAUUUGCUGUGUUUUUGCUCAUCUACAUCAUCUCUAUGUUAGGAAAUUUGCUCAUUGUGGUUGCCAUCACUGCCAGCUCAUUGUUGGGGUCCCCCAUGUACUUUUUCCUGGCCUAUCUCUCCUUUAUUGAUGCCUGCUAYUCCUCUGUSAAUACGCCUAAACUGAUUGUGGAUUCACUCCAUGAAAAGAAGACCAUCCUGUUCAAUGGAUGCAUGGCCCAAGUCUUUGGGGAACAUUUCUUCUCAGGUGCAGAGGUCAUCCUGCUUACAGUGAUGGCCUAUGACCGCUAUGUGGCCAUCUGCAAGCCCUUGCACUAUGCAACCAUCAUGAACUGGAGACUGUGUAUGCUGCUGGUGGCAGUGUCCUGGAUGGGAGGCUUUCUCCAUGCAACCAUCCAGAUCCUCUUCAUCUUCCGACUACCCUUCUGUGGYCCUAAUGUCAUUGAUCACUUUAUGUGUGAUCUGAGCCCUUUGCUCAAUCUGGCCUGCACUGACACCCGMACUCUGGGGCUCUUUGUUGUUGCCAACAGUGGGUUCAUCUGCCUGCUAAUCUUUCUCCUCUURCUGGUCUCCUAUGUGGUCAUCCUGUGCUCCCUGAGGACACAGAGCCUAGAGGGAAGGCGCAAAGCCCUGUCUACCUGUGUCUCCCACAUCACAGUGAUGGUAUUAUUCUUUUUCCCCUCCAUGUUUGUGUACCUGAGACCUGCAGUUACCUUACCUAUUGAUAAGGCAGUUGCUGUUUUCUACACUAUGAUAACUCCCAUGUUAAAUCCUUUGAUCUACACCUUGAGAAAUGCCCAGAUGAAAAGYACCAUUAAGAAAUUAUUUACUAGAAAGUUUCUUUCUGCUGGACAAAUAACUAUGCCUGAAGAUCAACAUUGA